AUGGCAACCACGACGUCCCCCGCGCCGCCCAUCCAGCCCUCCCAGUCCUCCUCGAGCGUGAGCAGCGCGCAGUCCCAGUCGUCCUCCACCAACAAACCCGCCGACUACGUCUACUUCGAGCGCACCACCGCCGGCUUCUCCGACGAUGCCGUGCCCCGCUCCAAGGCGGCCCAGCUCAAGCUCGAGCACCAUUACAAGGUCGCGGUAGAGGCCGCCAUCGAGCGCAACACGAGACGGGUAGAGAUGGAGCGGAAGCUCGCCGCCGAUACCACGAUGUCGGAGGAGCGGAAACAGCGGCAGCUCCAGGGCCUGGGCAAGCGCGAAUCUGCCUUUUUGCGACUGCGCAGGACGAAGCUGGGGCUCGAUGACUUUAGGACUGUGAAGGUCAUCGGGAAGGGUGCUUUCGGCGAGGUACGUGUAGUGCAGAAGACCGACACGGGAAAGAUCUACGCCAUGAAGACCCUCCGGAAGGACGAGAUGUUGAAAAAGGACCAGCUCGCCCAUGUACGCGCAGAGCGCGAUGUCCUGGCCGAGUCGAAUUCCCCAUGGGUCGUCCAGCUCUAUUACUCCUUCCAAGAUCCCCAAUAUCUUUACCUCAUCAUGGAGUUCCUCCCCGGCGGCGACCUCAUGACGAUGCUGAUCAAGUACGACACCUUCUCAGAAGAUGUCACUCGUUUCUACAUUGCAGAGUGUGUCCUUGCCAUUGAAGCCGUCCACCAACUGGGCUUCAUCCACCGUGACAUCAAGCCCGACAACAUCCUCAUUGACAAGGAAGGACACAUCAAGUUGUCGGAUUUCGGUCUUUCCACCGGCUUCCAUAAACAACACGACUCCAGCUACUACCAACGCCUCCUUGACUCCGCGAACGGCGUUACCUCACCAACGGUCGCCGCACGCAAUAGCGUAAUGGUGAACGCUAUCCACCUCACUAUGUCCAGCAAGGACCAGAUCGCCACAUGGAAGGCGAACCGGAGAAAACUGGCUUACUCAACCGUCGGAACGCCCGACUACAUUGCCCCCGAAAUCUUCAUGCAGAAGGGCUACGGCAACGAGUGCGACUGGUGGUCGCUCGGAGCGAUUAUGUUCGAGUGCCUCGUCGGUUACCCGCCAUUCUGCUCGGAAUCAACACAUGAAACCUACCACAAGAUCCUGCAGUGGAACCGCUACCUGCAGUUCCCCGACGAUGUACACCUCAGUCGCGAGGCCGAGGACUUGAUCAGGAGGCUGAUCACGUCGCCGGACCGUCGUCUUGCUGUGGAGCAGAUCAAACACCAUCCGUUCUUCUACGGCGUGGACUGGCAAAACAUCCGCGACAUCGAGGCGCCAUUCAUUCCCCGCCUACGCUCGAUCACGGACACGUCGUACUUCCCCACAGACGAGCUGGAGCAAGUGCCCGACGAGCCCGUCAGCGCCGACACCACAGGCGCGAACAAGGACCUCGCGUUCCUCGGAUACACGUUCAAGCGGUUCCAGCUUUCCUCAUCAGCGUUCUGA